CUCAGUCGAUCUCGCUUUAUUUCAUCGCGGCGUUCUUUUCCGACGUACGUAAGCUGUAGUGAAUUUGUGUACGCUUUUCAUUUUUGCCGAUUUUUACGAAAAUAACAGUUUUUUAAAUUGAACAUUUAGCUUACGAUGGCGGAUAAGACAAACGACAACGUAGACACUACUCCAGAGUGCGAAUUGAAGGAAAAAGAAGUGGUGGAUUCUCCCACAAAAAAUGAAGACUCCUCUGAUAAGGUCGAGAAGGAAAAUGGAGAUGUUUGCGAUGGGGAGAAUGGAAAGGCAGAUGCUGGCGAUGAAGUCGAAACGAAAGAUUCCGUCUGCCCGAUCAAAAGAAAAUCCGUAGGAGGAGGUGGCGAUGCACCAGAAGGGACGCCCGCCGAGGGAGUUUCGCCCGAAAAGAAAGCGAAACUGGAUGACGCCGUAGCAGAUGCAGAGUCCAAUGGAGAAGCAGAAGUAGCAGCUUAAUCAUCUCUUUGUUCAUACUUUUUGUAUAAUGUUAGGCAAUAUGUCAGUGCUUGAAGCUCUGCCAUUCAUAUCGUUUUUAAUUAGAUUAAUAACAUAAGUGUUAUGUUA